GAUCGUUGGUGACGUAUUUUAAAAUGGCCGGUGAUAAAAAUAUCGUAUAUUAGCGUUGUUUGAUGUUUGGUAAUCACUAAUCAGCAAUUUCUAUAUAUUUUACAAAAUUAUCGUCAAUGUGGUCAGUUGUACUAAUAUCAUAGUGUUUUACAGUGUUUUCUAGCAAUUGGAGCAAAUAGUUGAUGUUUCAGUAAUUUUGGUAGGUAGCUGUAGAUUCCACUCUUCAGGAGUCCAUAACUAUGGACCCAAAUAAUACAAACCCAGGAGAGGAAAAUGGAAUUCAGAUUGAGGGACUAGAGAAUCAGCAAAGUAUUCCACAGCAGAGUCAAACUGAUUUCACUGAAGAUAAUACUUUGGCUGGUUCAGAAACCACUUCUCAGGAUUUUCAACUGAGUGGGGAUUCAUAUAGCACUGAACAAAACAACGUCCCUAUGUAUAUUGCACCUAUUCCACCAAACACCUCCAAUUUAGCCUUGGAGCCAGAAGGUAAUGAACAUUUAGAUAACAUUCCUGGUGAACCUUAUUAUCACAUUGAAGAGAAUAAGCAGGAGGGGGAGCUUACAAAGUCACAUGUUGAUGAAAAAUUAGUGGAUAGUAAUGUUGUGUCUGAGGAAAAUAAUCAAAAUAAUGGUGGACAUGUGACUGUUGGUAUGGAACAACAAUAUGUGCAAUCUACUGAUGAUACAUUGAAUGAGGAUUAUGUGCAAAGGGAAGAUGAAAAUUUUGAGUCUCAGUAUGAAUCUGAGAAUAAAGAAAGUGCUAAUAAUAGUCAUAGCGAAAUAUCUGAACAAGAUGUCUCUUCUAUAAAAGUGGAAGAUAACCUUGCUGUUGAUGUUAUUGAAGAAGAUAAUACCACAGAAGUCAUGACUGCACAGCCUGAAAAAUCAGUUGCAAAGCCAACAGAUGAAUCUCUUACUUCUGAAGAAGCAGCUAUUGAAAAUCAAGGUGAAGAGAGAUCAGUCUCACAGAUCAAACAAGAAUUAUCUGCUAUGGAAGUAGAAAAAUCUAAAAAUGUUGAUAUUCAAGAUGCUGAACCAACAAAGCACAAUGAAAAACCAACUGAAUCUGUUGAGAUGGUGGAACUGCAGUCAGAAGUGCAGAUUCAUCAAGACUCCACAGUUUCAGACACAGUGAAAACCAAGGAGAAAACUUCUGAAAUGAGUGUAAAUCCAUUGGUUGAGGUGGCCUCAGAGGAAAUUGAAGCAGUACAUGUCAUAGAAGAUGAGCCUGAUAUGCCUGAGCUUGAACAAGAACCCAUAGACAGACCGGCGCGUCGCGGCCGCCGCUCCCACGAGGUGCCCAUGCACCUGUUGGGCCACGACAUGGCCCGGCCGGUGGACAGCGUGCCCAACGGCCGCUCCAUGCCCAAGCCCAGGUUGGGCGUCAAGGUGCCCUACAGGAACCUGGCCAGCCAGAUCGUGUCCAAAGAGGAGCUGGAGAAGGAGAUACUCGAAAGGUCCAGAGCCAAAGUGGAAUCCAUCAACGCAAUGGGGGAUCCCAAAUUUGCCAGAGGUCUUACUCAGAGGUUAGCCAGUAAGAUAGCACCCGCACCUGAUAGGGGUGGAAAACAGAAAAAGGGCUCAGAAACAACCACCGAGUCCAUAGACGUUUCGGAACCUUCCCAACAAACCGAAAAAAACGACCAGUCCGAUCAAGAAAAAAACCCAGAUAGUGACAGAACAGUCGCCGAAGAAAUAAUAGAGAACGAUGACGAUCUCCUCGCAAUUUUGGAGGGAGAAGGGGAAGAAAUGCCCGUAUUGCCAAAAGAGGUUCCAGACUGUGAAAUAAUGGAGAUUGACGAUGUCGGUAACCUGAAGAUGCUUGAAAGAGAAAUCGCUUUGCAGCAGCUGCAAGAAUUGCCUCAUCUUGAACCGAAACCGAGGAUUUUCAAGUCGCGACAAGCGAAAACCUCUGUUCAACCGCCCCAACCUAGUCCCAGAAGCAGAAUCGAAAAACCGUCGACGGCAGAUCCGAAAACACCCAGUGCAGCACCGAGAACGUCAGGAGCCGUUUCCAAAAUUCCCACCGCUGCCUCGAGGUCGUCGCCGAAACCGGUCCAGAAACCGGUUUCGGCGCCGAAAACACCCGAUAAACAAGUCUCGAAGCCGAAGUUGUAUCAUUCUCCCUCGCCCGUCAAAGCCCCCAUUGAAAUCAUCGACAUGCCUCCGGCUCCCAAGAAGGUUUACGAAGUCGAACCACAGGUGAAAGUCAACAUGGUCCUGAAGACCUAUUCGAGGAAGCGAAAGCCCUCCGACUCUGCCGAUUUCGAGUCCGCCUACCCCAAACGCAUGUCCAUGGAGGAAUCGGACCUCAUCUUCGAAAAACCGGACCCUUUGGCCUUACCGACCGAUGUUUACGUCACCAAGAGUUCGCGGGUGAUCAAGAAAAAGGUGAUUUGGGACCCGGACGACGAGUUCUCCGCUAGGAAAAGCUUCGGGAAGACCAGUGAAAGCAGGACUUCGACCCCGAAGGCCGUCAAAGCGACAGAAAAGAGCGCGAAUAGCGAGAAAAUUCUGGAUAGGAAAGCGAUUGAGAAAAGCGCGAGCGGUGAAAGGUCCGCCAACGAGAAGAAGGCUGUGGAGAAAACGGUGGAGAAACGCGCUGCUGUGCAAGAAAAGAAGAUCGACGUCAAGCCGGCGGAGAAGAAGAUAACGCCGAAGAAGACGCCUGAUAAGCCGAAGACGGUGGUGCAGAAGGUUAGCCCUGCCAAGGCGGCCAAGACGCCGAUCAAAUCGAAAAGGGGCCUCUCAGAAGUUGACCGGCUGCUGAUGGACGAAGGCGCCGUCAAGAUGCUCUACGAGCUUAACAACUCCGACGACUCUCCACAGAUGGCGAAGCGCCAAAAAGACUACAUCUCGCUGGACAAGUACGAGAAGGACUUGAUCAAGAAGGCGAACCGGCUGAAGAGCGAUCUGGUGCUGCACAACACCAGCGGCGGGGAGUCGUCGGCGAAGUCGUUGCGGAAAAAGGAAGGGGGUGGUGGUGGAGGGGGAGGGGGAGGUUCGAGUUAUGGGUCUCCUCCCGGGUCGAAGCCGGCUGUCUCCAUGGAGAGGAAAAUGUCGAAAGACUCGACUAGAAGUUCCGUCCACACACCACCCCGCUCGCCCACCUUCCCCGGCUCCAUGAUGCUGAUCCGACGCCGGUCGAGCAGCUCGAUGUCCAGCAGCGAGGACGCCGACGCCUAUCUGCCGCCGAAGACGACGUCGAAGAGGAAAUCGGACGGCCAGCAGCGCGGCAAAAAGGCGAAGAAGGUGACGGACGACGGGAGAGGGGAGGCAGCGACGGAAAGUGUGUCGGCGGAGAGGGGGCGGUACAAGUCGUUCACGGUGAAGAAGUCGGGCAAGCAUGUGGCGAUCGACCUGCACUAUAUCGACGAGAGGUGUUUCUUGGACACCAAGGUACUGGACGAGCUGACCACAGUUUUGAAAAAAUACGGCAGCGACAAAGAAUGCACUGUAGUGUCGCUAGUGUCGAGCAGUACGGCAUUUUGUCUGGGUCUCGAUUACGCCACCCUGGUGUCCGAUGACGAUAUCACGAAAACUUGCAGAGCAACGGAUUUGGCCACCAAAGUGAGGGACUUUUUGUUGUGCCUGCUGAAAUUCCCGAAGGUGCUGGUGGCCGGCAUACAGGGCGAGUGCGUCGGCCUGGGCGUGACGAUGUUGCCGCUGUUCGACAUGGUGAUCGCCAGCGAUACGGCCACCUUCGGCACCCCCUAUGCCAGCUUGGGCUGCCAGGGGGAGGGGGUGAUCCUCCUGAACUACCCCAAUCUCACCAACAACGGAUUGACCGCUGAACUUUUAUAUGCUGGAACGACUCUGACCGCCGACGAGGCCGUUCGACGAGGCCUCAUUUCCAAGUUGUGUUGGCCGGAAAAGUACAAGGACACAUUGAAGAGUAUCCUGUCGUCGAUAUCGCAAGGCUCGAAUCAGAGCUUAGAAGCAACCAAAAAGCAACUGAGAGGCCAUCUGUUCAACGACGCCGAAGCAGCUAUCAAGGCGGAAACGAACGCCCUCAUCGAGCAGUGGCUGAGCCCCGAAUGUCAGGCGAGUUUUUCGAAACUAUAAAAAAAUACUGAAUACUAUUCGAGCGCGGAAAAGAGUGUCAUCGUUUCGAAAUCGCGAACCAUGUGGUACAAAUGGAUUUUAUCGUAGAUGUAAUUGGAAUUCUUCGCACGCAAACAAAUUCACCUCGUGCGUUAAUUAUAUCUCGCGGAUGGCUCAUUGGAAUGCGUGUUUCAAACAAAAACAUAUUUUUUUAUAUUUUCAUAAAGUUAGCGUCUAGGUGAAUAUAUUCGUCUGUCCUAUGUUUAGGACUCAUUCAGUCAUUCUAGAUCAUAAAACGUAGUAAUAAUUGAUGUUUUCUUAGUGUGAAACGAAAUUUAAAUAUUUCACCGACUGUCUGCACAGCAAUCGACUAUGGUGAUUAUCCAAAGAUGGUGCAAUUUUUGAUAACUAUCUCUAUUCUUCAGGCAAGCCAUAAUUUCCAGACUUCUACUAAACUACUUACCAGAUGAAGUGGGACAGACAAAAAAUUUACUAAUUUUGAUAUGCUAUAAGUCGAACAUUUCCUGACCGAUGUUGAAUUUCCAACCAGAGGUAGAAAGCGCCAUUUUUGGGUUAUGCGUCAUUGGCGUCGGGUUUUUAUUUUAGCGAUUCGUUCUCUUUGUACAGAGUGUGAAUUAAGAGCCGGAAAAUUUUCAAAUUUUCGACCAAUAAUUUGGGAAAUGUGAAGGACCCUAGAAUUAUUUUUUAGAUGUUGGGUGAAUGGUUGGUCCGAUACCUCGAGACGUCUUUGAAAUUUUUGUGAUAAAUUGAGUUGCUAUGGAAAAAUCGCCAUUUCAUGAAAUUCCAUUUUUAUCUCAAAAUGUGGCCCCUUUUGGUUCAACAAUAACAGCCAACAUCUAAACUGCUACAAGCGAUAUUUCUACUGGAGAUAAUCAACACCAGUGGCGCGCAAAAAGGGUUUUAUGAUAUUUAGAAAUGGAAAAUUAGUUUUCAUUGAAAAAAUUCAACAGUUUAAUUGAUCAUUACAGUUGAAGAAGUGUCAUACUCUCAAUUAGCAUGAUGUUGACAAAUUCAGAGGCGUGUAAAAAUAGGCUUAUGAUGUUCAGAAACGAAAAAAACGUUUUUAUCGAAAAAAAAAAAACAGCAGAUUUGUUGAUCGUUACAGUAAAUAAGUUGCUAUACAUUUAAUUAGCAUGAUGUUGACAAGUUCAGAGGCGUGCAAAAUGUGAUUCUACGUAGACAGAUUGAAAUUUCAUUUCCAUAAUUUAUUUCAUUUUCAUUUAUUCGGCGUACAAAAAAAAAACAUAUGCUUACGUAAGUAUAUAAGAGAACAUUAUUCAAGGAACUAAAAACAAACCCCAAAUAAAUGAAUAUUUUUUCUGACAAAAUUAUCAAAAUUUUCACUGGGCGAACAAAGAAUAACACUUGAUGAAAUUAUUAAAAAUGUUUUCCCUAUCAAACUGAAUCGCCUUGAAUGGUGGAUCCUCUAUAAUACGCCAAUGGAUUACUUGGAAGAUCACCUUAAAUAAAUAAAAAACAAUGAUAAUGAGACUGGAAUUUUAAUUUGUCCACAUUACAUCACCUUUUACACGCCUCUGAAUUUGUCAACAUCAUGCUAAUUAAAUGUAUGGCAACUUUUCAACUGUAACGAUCGAUAAAACUGUUGAUUUUUUUCAAUAAAAAGGUUUUUGUCGUUUCUAAACAUCAUAAACCCCUUUUUCACGCGCCUCUAAAUUCGUCAGUCAUGCUAAUUAUAGGUAUGACAUUUUUUCAACUGUAACAAUCAAUAAAACUGUUGAAUUUUUUCAAUAAAAACGAAUAUUUGUUUGUAAAUAUCAUAAACCCCUUUUUGCGUCCUCGUUGCAAUUUCGAUGUUGACUGUUAUUGUUUAACUAAAAGAGGUCACAUUCUGAAAUAAAAACGGAAUUUUAUAAAAUGGCGAUUUAUCCAUAGCAACCCAAUUUAUCAUAAAAAAAAAUUCAGAGACUUCUCGAGGAAUCGGACCAACCAUUCACCCAAAAUCUAAAAAAGAAUUCUAGGGUCCCUCACAUUUCCCAAAUUAUUGGUAAAAGAUGUGAAAUUUUUCCGGCUCUUAAUUAACACUCUGUACAAAGAGAACGAAUCGCUAAAAUGAAAACCCGACGCCAAUGACGCAUAGCCCAAGGAUGACGCUUUCUACCUCUGGUUGAAAAUCCAACAUCGGUCAAGAAAUGUUCGAGUUAUAACUUCAAAAUCAGUCAACUUUUUGGUUGUCCCACUUCAUCUGGUAAGUAGUUUAUUAUGCAGCUGGGUGGAGUUAUAAAAUCGAGUAAGCUUAUUUCCUUGAAAAAUGUAAUUGUGCUGUGGAUCAAGAAGGUUAAAAAUAUACAAAGUUGAAAUAAAUGCAAGUGGAAAAAUGUUACAGUUCGAAUCUUGUAUCCUUCAAACUCUGGCAUUAUGGCUUGUCUUGAGAAUACGCUCUCACACGGUAUACACGGUGUUCCGUAAUUAUUGAAAAAGUUCAUGUGAACAUCUUUCCGUUUUCGCUAUAUUUUUAAUAUGUAGAAUGGUAGAGAUUUCAGUGAAGAACUGAUUUUCCAAAUCCGAAAAACUACAUUACAUACAUUACAUAGAAACUUGGUGGGUGUAAACAACCAGCAUGUGAACUUUUUUCUCGGAAUCGGGCAUAGAUUAACCCUGUUCAAUCUCGACAUUCGUUCCAGAACACCCUGUAUAUCCGAUGCAAGAUUU